GACUCCUUCAUAAAGGGCUGGCUGUCACCGGAUCAUCACCCUCUCGACCUGCACACAGAGCUGGACUAUCAUUCUCCUGAGCUGCAAAGAUAAAGAAGAGAAGGAAGAGCCAUGUCUCAUGGAUGGGGAUACGGAGCAGCUAACGGACCUCACAAAUGGGCGGAAGAUUUUCCGGUCGCCAAUGGGGCCAGACAGUCCCCCAUCGACAUUGUCCCCAAGGAGGCUCAGUACGACUCUUCUCUGAGAGCCCUGAAACUCAGGUACGACCCCAGCAACGCCAAUAGCAUCCUCAACAACGGACAUUCAUUCCAGGUGGAUUUCGUGGAUGACUCUGACACUUCCACUCUGACCGGAGGUCCCAUUUCUGGAACGUACCGUCUGAGACAGUUUCACUUCCACUGGGGAGCCAGUGACGAUAGAGGCUCCGAGCACACGGUCGACGGUGUCAAGUUCCCCUGUGAGCUUCACCUGGUGCACUGGAACACCAAGUACCCGAGCUUUGGAGAGGCUGCCAGUCAGCCUGAUGGACUCGCUGUGGUCGGGGUCUUUCUCAAGAUUGGUGCUGCCAACCCCAGGCUUCAGAGAGUUCUGAAUGCGUUGGAUACAAUUAAGACCAAGGGAAGGCAGACUGAUUUUGCUGCGUUUGAUGCAAAGUCUCUUCUUCCUGUUUCUCUGGAUUACUGGACCUACGACGGCUCUUUGACCACUCCCCCCCUGUUGGAAAGUGUCACCUGGAUCGUUCUCAAGGAGCCAAUUAGUGUCAGUCCUGUACAAAUGGACAAGUUCCGAAACCUCCUCUUCAGUGGAGAUGAAGAAGCUCCGUGCUGCAUGGUGGACAAUUACCGGCCUCCUCAGCCUCUGAAAGGCCGUCGAGUCCGUGCCUCCUUCAAAUAAACCUUUGUUUCAUGGCCACCUCGCUUCCCUCGCUCAUCCUCCCUUCUUUCCCCUCCUAUCAUUCCAUUAGCUUUAUUGUUCCCUCUAUUCAGUCUUUAUUUAACUCACUUUAGUCUGAAGGACAACCUGGAUGCAUCUUACAUGAGAUAAUAGAAAUAAAACAAGACACUUAUAAAGUUCCACUAAAUGUUAUAUUAACCAUCACACAUAACAAUAAUGACUUUUCAUCUCCUGAUGUUGAUCUUCAUAUAUUUCCUGGCCUGCUUUAUCAAAUAUAUGAAAGUGCAUAUAACAUAUAACAUUCCAACAUUGUCUUUGUUAUUACAGUAAAUUUGUGCCAAAUGCUAUAAAUGAACUGAAGCCCAUCUUUGAUGGCGUGGCUCUAAACGAAGAUACUUUAUUUUCUGUGCAUGUAAGACAGAGCCAUUAUGCUUCAAGCAAAAUAAAUGAAGGAUCAACAUACAGUUGCUUUAUAUUAUUAUUUUUAUUUAUUAGAUUAGAGAAAGCAUUACCUUGAGGCUUUUUUUUUUAUCAGUGUUGUUUCAAAUGUUAUUAAAAAUGAGACUGAAGUGUGUCUAACAUGAAACUGUUGUAAGUGUUGUCACAUUAUGGGAGUAUUUUGUGUGAAUCUAUCAUGACAUAGAUGAUUAAAUAAAAUAUAAUAAUACAUUUA